UUUCCCUUCAAAAGUAAACACAGCAUCCACCCAUCCUCUUUGCAAUUUCCACACGAAGCAUCAUGUCGUCCUCCGCCUUUCUCGCCGAGGAACAGCGCCUCUUUGAACAGGAAGUGAAGGACAUCAAAUCUUGGUGGCAAUCAGACCGCUUCCGGCUGAUCCGUCGUCCUUACACUGCUGAAGAUGUGGCGAAGAAGAGGGGAACUCUAAAGCAACAGUUUGCUUCUGAUAUUCAGGCAAAAAAACUGUGGAAGCUCCUUCAAGAACACAAAGCCAACAAGACUGCGUCUUUUACCUAUGGUGCUUUGGAUCCUGUGCAAGUUGCACAGAUGGCAAAAUACCUUGACACGAUUUACGUCUCUGGGUGGCAAUGCUCCUCCACGGCCUCUACCUCUAAUGAGCCAGGACCUGAUUUGGCAGACUACCCAAUGGAUACCGUACCGAACAAGGUUGAGCAUUUGUUUUUUGCUCAGCUGUUCCAUGACCGCAAACAACGGGAGGACCGCCUCUCCCUCCCCCUUUCGGAACGUUCCAAGUCGAAGCACAUUGACUUCUUGCGACCUAUCAUUGCAGAUGCAGACACGGGACACGGUGGUAUCACUGCGAACAUGAAGUUGGCUAAGAUGUUUGUGGAGCGAGGUGCUGCCGGUAUUCAUCUGGAGGACCAAGCUGCUGGGACAAAGAAAUGCGGUCACAUGGCGGGCAAAGUCUUAGUUCCCAUCUCUGAGCACAUUAACCGUCUGGUGGCUGUCCGACUACAGUUUGAUAUCAUGGGAGUAGAAAAUAUUGUUGUUGCACGUACCGACGCUGAAGCUGCAACUCUCAUCACAUCCAACAUUGAUCGUCGUGAUCACGCUUUUAUUCUUGGGAGCACAAACCCCAAUCUUUCGCCACUCGUGGACGUAAUGAAUGCCGCCGAAAGUAGUGGCAAAACUGGAGAGGCGCUUCAGGCCGUUGAAGAUCAGUGGAUGGCCGACGCCAACGUCAAGCUUUACUCUGAAGCCGUGGUGGAUGCACUAAAGGCUGCUGGCAAGGAUGGGCGCAUUUCUGAUUUCCUGAGUAAGGUUGGAAAGCUUUCGAAUGCUGAGGCGCGUGCUUUGGCGAAAUCCUACGGCGUUGAUCCGUUCUGGUGCUGGAAUGCUCCUCGUGUGCGCGAAGGAUACUUCAGAUACCAAGGUGGCACACCUGCGUGUAUCAACAGGGGUAUCGCUUACGCACCGUACGCCGAUCUGAUUUGGAUGGAGACCAAGAAACCUAUCUAUUCUCAAGCUGAAGAGUUCGCUAAUGGGGUUCGCAAGGUGCAUCCGGAGCAGAUGCUUGCCUACAAUCUCUCCCCCUCGUUCAACUGGGAUGCAGCCGGAAUGUCUGACGCUCAAAUCUCGAGCUUUAUUGGUGAUAUUGCCAAGUUGGGCUUCGCGUGGCAAUUCAUCACCUUGGCUGGGUUCCACUCUGAUGCUUUGAUUACUGACCUCUUCGCUCGCGACUAUUCAAAGCGUGGUAUGCUUGCGUAUGUCGAAGGUAUCCAGCGUCAGGAGCGCCUCAAUUCGGUGGAAACUCUUUCACAUCAAAAGUGGUCUGGUGCUGAAUAUUACGAUAAUUUGAUUAAAACGGUUUCUGGGGGUGUUACCGCAACGGCUGCAAUGGGUAAAGGUGUAACAGAGUCCCAGUUUGGCUCCCACUAGGGCCUUUGCAUGUUGGAAGAGGGAUAGGUUUUCUUUGAAUGUCGGCAGUAUGGUUCAUAAAUACAUUUUAUAGGUAUUGGGAAACGAGUCAUACCGGUAGCAUAUGGGGAGCUGUCCCUGUCUUACGAGUUGGCUUGGCCCUGUAUACAUCCCAGCCUGCUACGUGGUCAUCAAGAUGUCAAAAAACCAGGCAUUACAUGUUUGUAUCAACUACUCAAACGACAAAGUAAUCAAUUGAAAUAACGAAUACAUAAUGAGCAUUGCACUGAGAAUGGUAUACAUGCAUCCACGGU